AUGGCCCUCAUCUCCACGCAGACAUCGUCGGUCCCUCAGCCGCAUGAGGUCUUCCCAGCUAGCUCUGUGGUAGAACUCUGCGGUGCAGCAGUUCUUCGUACCGCGGAGGACCUGGUUUCAGAGAAUUGCGGCGAGCUGGAGCAGGGGCAGGCCUGCUUCGUACUGGGCCAUGGAACUGCGCCGGAGAGCCGUCGACUUCAGGUGUAUGUCCUCGGAAAGGGCCUACGCGGAUGGAUAAGCUGCGUGGCAAAGUCAGGGAGGAAGUUGGUCACGAUGACUGGGCCUCCAGGCUCAGACACAGCAAUCGGAGCUGCAGCGGAGUUUCAGGCCAUUGCAGGUGCUGCGAUGCCUGGUGCCUAUGCAGGUGACACCUUCCAAAGGUCUGGCAGCGUUUCAAGCGCAGCCUGGGGCCUGGGAGUAGGCGGCUAUGCCUGCCAUGCCAGCCUGUGGCAUGCAGAGCUGUCAAGCCAGCCCCGCCAUGCCCGCCACGCCAGCUUGCGGGACAAUGCAGAGCCAGCAGCCGAUGUGUGGUCAAAGUCACGUCGUAGGAAGCCAGAGUGCGAUACCUACUGGAACUAUUGGAACCAUGCAGAGCCAAAGCGCAUUGCAUGCCAUGCCACCGCCGGAGAACUUUGUGGGUGCAUGCCAAGUGGACAUGAACAGCAUCUCCGCAUCAACUCCAGCCUACUCGCGAGGAAACUCUACUGCCUCAAGCUUCCCAAGUGGUGCAGGCCAAUUCCCACCAGGCAGCUGGGUUGCGGCACUGGACGAGAUGGUCGUACGGGCCGAGGAACCCGGGAUUCAAUCACAGCUGGUGGUGAGGAGUCUCUGAAGAGUGGGCAAGUCACGGUGCUGGAAGAGGCAACUGAAACGGCCUCUGUGGCUGGAUUAGCUGCGUUGCACAGUCCGGGUGACCAUGCCAGCGUGCGCUGCAGUGCCAUCCACCCGUUCGCGAUCUACAAGUGCGCCGUCGGUGCUGUUGCCUUGGGCACGGACUCGGCAUCCCUGUUCUCUGCCCAGGUGCAGGAGUCUGCAGUCGAGCGUGGGGUCUCGAUCCCGAUGCCGGCAGCGAGUGUGGCAAGCCACGUGAGGAUUUCGCAGUACCCUCCGCAGGAGAUCACGCAGAAUCCGGAGCCGCCAGGCAAGCAGUGGUUCAGGCGCCAAAAGGCCCAGGACCUCCGGGAAGAGGCACCAAAGCGGUACCUGUUGGAUAAUCGCACGCUCCAUGCCGGCACGGAUGGUGUCAACUAUCGAUUUACAAAGGAUCUCGAGGACAUCGACUUAAGCUGCACAGCUUUGUGGGGCUCGGUCAUUGAGGGCGUGGACGAAGGAGAUGGCUGGCUGUGCGUUUCUGGAGAGCUCUACCUGCCAAUGCAGUUGGCCGGAGUGACGAUUCUCACCUUGGAGGAGUCGCCCUGGGCACUUGCUGGGCUACAAGUGGUAGAGGCCUUUCCGGUGGGCAGCGAGGUGGUGAUGCUGGAGGCAGCCAUGAUGAGGGCAGCUGAGGAUCUGCGCAGCGCCGCGCUGGGCCAGCUGGAGAAGGAGCAGCGGGUAAGGGUCCUUGGCCAUGGUGCAGGUGCCAGAAAUCGCCGCCUCUUUGUUCAGGAUCCCACGUCUGGACAGGACGGCUGGAUCAGCUUUGUCUCACAGACAGGAAAGCUCCUUGUGACACCGCUGGAUUACUCUCCUGAUCAAUUGCAGAAGGUGGCUACCAUGAUCUCCACCCGACAGCAUUUGGAGAGCUCGGAAGGCCCAGUCCCGGGACCUUCUGUGGCAACACAGGUAACCACACCAGAGGAGCCAGCUGAGGAAGAGCCUCAAGCAUUCCUUGUCGACAACCGAACAUUUAAGGCGGACUCGGACGGGAUUGGCUACCGGGCAUCUCCAGACUUGGAGGACAAGGUGGUCCCUGCCCGGACGGCCUUUUGGGGCACGCUUGUCCAAGGCUUUGACGACGGUGAGGGCUGGCUGAGGGUUGGUGCCUACUUCCUGCCGAUGAAUUUGUCGGGUGUUCAGGUGCUUACGCCCGAGGCGCAAGUGCCCAGAGCCCUGCUGCCACAGCUGCCGGGCUUUGCCAGGGGUGACUGGGAGUACAUAUGCAUCGACCCAAAGGGUGCGAGCACAUACCUCCAGCCAGAGGAAGCGCCUUCCAAGUCCUCCUCCGGUCAGGCAGUGCAGCCAGGCGAGCUGGUGAGGGUUUGUGAGCGAGGGCUGCUGGGCCAAAAGCUGUGGCUUUGCCUUGGGGAUGGCCGGGGAUGGCUUCUGGAGAAGUCCAGCAGACGGCACGUGUCGGAAGUGAGCAAUGAGGGCAAGGUGACAAAGGGCACGAAGCUCAUGGUCGACCCACGAUUGGAGAAGCCGGUCAAGAUCUUGCCUGCGCCCUAUGCUUUUGGUGCUGUCAGCGGGGCACCCGAAGUGCUUGCCGGGUCUGUGGUUGACGUGCUUCGCCAGGUGCAGGUGCUCGUUCCGUCUCCCAGUGACCGCAACAAAGAGAAUUGGGCGCGGUACUACAAGGUGGAAGACGAGCGCCGUGUGGAGGGUUGGCUGGGCGAGCUGAGGGUCCACUGUGGCAUCAAAGAUCCCGGUCCCGGGGAGACCGUCCUUUGCGAGUUUCAGGGCGGUGGUUUUGUGGAUCCCAAGUUCCGCGGCAAGUCUUGCUGGGUCUCUGUGGUUUCGAAGAACAAGGUCUCUUUGUUGGCUGCUCCUGCAAGGAAGCGGGCCACCAAGAAGGACCUGAGCCCCGGUGACUUCGUUGAGGCUGUGGAGGAACUCCGCGUUGCCGGGGUCACAUUCUACAGGCUGGUGGACGGCUGUUGGGUCUGCCGUGAAGACAAUGCUGGCAAGGUUGUGUGCGACCUGGUGGUGCGGGAGAGGCACAAGUGGAUCUACGUCUGCAACGACAAGGAUGGCGCACAAGUUCGCACAGCGCCGACGCGCUCCCAAGCCCGAAACGCCAACAAGAAGCUCAAAUACAGGGCGCGGGUGGUUGUCUCCGAAAAGGUGACGCUUUCAGAUGGUGAUGUCUUUCUGAAGCUUGGAGAAGAGAAGAAGGGCUGGGUUCCAGCAACAAAGCUCAACUCCUCGGUGGUGAAGAUGGCUCCCUUGAAGGCGCUGGAGGAGACUGCGGCCCCACCGUCUCGGCCCAUGCCGGCUUGCAACGGCUAUGCUGCGCCACCGCCUAUGCCCAUGCCACAGAGCGUCAACGGUUACGCAAACUGUGGCGGCUGUGGGCAAGGCCGCAAGCCGACUUCGGCGUGGGGGUCGGGGCUGCUGGGCCCGCAGACUUUGGGAUGGGUGCGUUUGGUCCUGGAAAUGGAGGCGGUGAUUUCGGUCUUGGAGCCACCCCAAUGCCUGGGCCGAUGCCCGGCCCCGUGCCCGGGCCCAUGCCCGGGCCCAUGUCUGGGCCGAUGCCUUCGGCCGCUCCCUUUCCAACGCCUUCGGGUGGUGACUUUGGCCUUGCACCCGCCGGUCAACAUCGGCCUUGAGCCCAGUCGAGAAGCAGAUGGCAGUUUUUGUGGCACCCAGGUUUGUAUGGAGCUGGUAUCAGGCAACGGACAGACAUUGAAUUGUUCAACCGCAAAGGCAGCCUGGGGCGGUGGCAUGGGAAACACAGGCUAUGGCUACGGUGAUGCGUGGCGGCCUCAAGGCUGCAUCGAUUCUGCCAAUGACUGGGGCAAGGGCAGCUGGCCUCUGCCUCCGUCAGCUGGUCUCCGGGAAUCACUGGUGUACAACGUUGUACAACUGGACUCCAGCGUAGAAGGUUCCGGUCCACGCGGGGGCCCGGAGCCGCUUGGCCUUGAACCUUCCCAGCAUGUCAACUCAACCGAAGCACUGGAGCUGAAGCAGCUGAAGCAGCUGGGAGGGGCAGGUCUCCAUGUAGGCUUUAUGGCGUGUCUCGGAGUGAGGAUGGAGGCUGCCAGGAUGAGCUUCGUCUCUGCGAUGCCAAGCAUCGCAGACCAGGCCUCGCCGGUCCAGGACACUCUGGUUCGUGGUGCCCCCGCUUUGGAGCCCCUGAUCAGGAGAAGCAGUGGGCUCUCUCAACUCACCAAGGACAUUCUGGAAAUGCUUCGACGAGCUCCAGGAGGAGGAUACUCUACCAGCUCGGCACAGAAGCCAGGGCAGAUGGAAGCACUCCAAGGCGAGCCUGAAGAACUUGUGGCCCUGGCGGAACAAGCCGUGGCAUUGGAGGAGUUGGAGGACAGCAUGCAGCUCAAGUGGUCGCGUGAUGACCGUGAGGCAGCCUUCCAGAGGCUGGUACAGAGCGACAUUUGCUCUGCGCAGGCCCUCUUGUCCGUGCUGAACGAUCGCCCUCCUGGGGGCAAGUGCAAACUGAACCAGCUGCUCGAAGACGGUGGCUGCCGGGGGUUGAAGGGCGAAGCCUUGCCGUGGCUUGCAGAGCAGCUCGAGGUCCGCGUUCGGCAAGGCAUCGAAGUGUCCGUGGAGGGCAGCCAGCCCAUCCUCUUAACGGCCCCUCACAACAUUUAUUUGCGCAGAGAUGGCCGGCCACCUCAUGUGAUGGAGGAGUACACAACUCUGAUCGCUCAGCGGAUGGCCAGACAUCUUGGCGGGACAUCGCUUUCCUGGAGCAGGGCAGAGCAGAAGAGGUCGGAGCUGCAGUGGUGCUUGGCCCGCCUCAAGUGCGGCGAGGCUGAAGAUUACAGCAAUUUUCUGUACAACAAUCGCGACCCGAAUUACUUGCAGAACGAGGAGGUAGCCCAGAAUCCGUGGUUCCGCCAAAUGGCGAGGUUCGCGGACAAGUGGCGCCAUUGCAAGGAGGGACACCUACGGCCUUUGCUCCACAUCGACGUCCACGGCUGCAGGGAUCCGCCUGCGACGCCAUCUCACUUGACAGUUGGCUUGGCAGCGAUGCGCCACGAGGUUGAGAUGGGGCGAGGUCUGCUUUCCCAAAGCAGAGUGGAGACCUUUGCGGCUGCCUUGCAGAACGAGCUAACUCUGGUGCUCAGUGGCUUGGAGCUCAAGCCAAGGUCAGAGAAGCUCGUCCGGGUUCUGCUGCCAAGACUCUCCAGCAGUGAGACGAUGGAGCGGCUUUCGGGUGCAUGGCCCCUCGAGGAAGGUCGCCUGACCCAAUCGCAGCAGGCAAUGGCUUUUGCUGGCUUCACGCAUUCCUGUCAGCUGGAGCUGUCCAAGGUGGGCGCAGAUGGCGAGACCCCGCAGUGGCGGGACCCGCGCGUGGCGAUCGCCGUGGCUGCCCACCUCUUCGGCGUCAUCAGAGUGCCUGCGGUGCCUGCAGUCUGGGGGCUCGUGUUGGCGAAAGGCACACUGUACAGGCAUUGCAACCCGCCCGCAGACCAGAUCUCCGACAAAAGGGAUGAUGAGGUCGGUGACGAUCACCGGCCAAACAUCAUUGUGCAGCGCAUCCACCAGCUCCUCCAGGUGCCAUUGGUGAAGUUGCUUGCCGAGGAGCUUGGCUGGGUUUCUUCCCGAGUGACCCUCGAGCACGAUACAAAUGCGGCCCUGUUGGCCGAGGCGUGGAUUGGCGGAGCAGUUGGCGAGCAGCAUGUUGUGCUGCUCUCUUUGGGCACUGGCAUUGGCGCCGCAAUCAUGUGCGAUGGCCACCUCCUUAGAGGCAGUCGCGGACAGGCGGGUGAAGUGGGCCAUGCAAUUCUAAUUCCCGACGGCCGCGAGUUCGGCAGAGCGGGUGUGAGAGGCAUCUUCGAAGGCUAUGCAAGCGCUAGCGCCGUGGUGGCGCGCGCGAAGGAACGGAUGCGACCAAGUUCUUCCCUGGCACAGGUUGAGGACUUGGAUUGCGAAGACGUCUUCAGACAUGCUGGGAUGGAUCCACCAGAUCCGUUAGCCAAAGAGCUUGUACAGGAAACGGCCAGGUACCUGGCGAUAGGUUGCAUCAACUGUUGCCGAUUUGUAGAUCCAGCUAUCAUCCUGUUCUCUGGCGGAAUGGCCGAGGCCUUUGACGUCCUGAUCAUCAUCUGUUACAGUGUCUGCAAGCGCUGUGCACCAGGUUGUCUGGGUUGCUGUGAGUCACCAGCGACAGCCCGAUCAGACAGGUUGAACCUAGCCAAGAAUAUCAUUGGCGCUGGCAUGCUGUCCCUGCCGGUGGCCAUGAGAGGUGCCGGCCUCGUUCCCUACGUUGUCGGCAUCACGUUGGCAGGCGUUCUGAAUGCCUACACGUUCUUCUUGCUGGGCUGGUGUUGCGAGGUUGCUGGUGCUAGCACCUUCGGCGAGCUUUGGGCCAAAUGCUUCGGGAAGCAGAAUGCGUGGAUCGCUGACAUUUCAGUUCUGAUGAACAAUAGCAUGGCCUGCCUGGCGUAUUGCGUGCUCAUGGGGGACUUCUUCCCAAAGGCCUUGGCUGGACUGCUGCCCGACUGCCAUUUUUUGCAUGGCCGCGGCGCAGAUCUUGUAAUCAUUGCUGUCUUCCUGCUGGUGCCUCUGUCCCUCAUGAGAGAUCUGGCUCCUUUGGCAUACGCUUCCAUUGCAGGCCUUGCAGCCACAGCCUACGUCUUCUUAAUGCUGCUGAAGGAUGCGGUGGCAUCAGCACAGUGGGGCGCAGCGGGUGCGCUGACGAGCAACAUUUCGCCCUUGCGCUUGGACUUCUUUGAAGCUUUGGCCUUGUUUGGAUCCGCGUUCAUGGCGCAUUACAACGCACCAAAGUUCUACGCUCAACUUCAGGACCGUUCUGUCCCCAAGUUUGCAGUUCUGGUGUGCAUGGCAUAUGGACUCGCUCUUGUUGUGUUCAUAGUGUUUGGCAUGUGCGGUUUCGCCCUUUUCGGCUACGACGCGGAGGGGAACAUCUUGAAGAACUAUGGCUUCGGUCCAGAGGUGAUGCUGGCGUGGCUUAGCAUGGGGUUCUCCGUGGCUUUCACAUACCCGUUGGUCUUCAGCGGUUUCCGGGAUUCCUGUGUGUCCCUGCUGGCAGGCUGCGGCCUUUCUGGCGAGCCCAGUGGUUUCCGAGUGAUCUUCACCCUUUUUGCUGUCGCGGCCACGGUCUUGGGCGGAACCGUCUUCAGCAACGUGGCCCAGGUAAACGGGGCGAAAGGUGCUGUACUUAGCCCUUGCCUGGCUUUCAUCUACCCAGCCGCGAUCCACCUCAGGUCAACAUCCAAGGAGAAGGUCAAUGCACCGCCUUCCCUGGUCGCCCUGCGACUCGGGAGCUACGGCCUCAUCGCCUUCGGCCUUGCCUUCGGAGUGCUUGCUUUGAUGGUGAUGUUUGCGUUGCCAAAGACUGAUUUCUCGGAAUUGGCCAGCGCCUACCCUGCUGGCAUGUAG